AUGUCGCGCGAGCAGGAGCUGGCGUACCUCCAGGCCAACUACCCGCAGCUGUCGGUGCAGUUCAUCAUGGAGUACAACCGCAUCAACCGCUCCUCGUGGCGCCUGCGCGGCACCGCGCUGCACGCCGCCGCGGAGGACGGCAUGCUCCCGGUCGCCAAGGUGCUCAUGCAGCACGUGGGCUUCCACGCCGCGAUGAUGCUGCCGGGCGGCACGACGCCCGUGCACCUCGCCGCGCGCCGCGGCCACGUCGCGGUGCUCCAGGAGAUGCUCCAGAACGCCCCGGAGACGGUCAACCGCGAGGACGACCUUGGUCUGACGCCGCUGUGCUACGCGGUGGAGUUCGACCGCGGCGCGGCGGUCGAGACGCUGCUCGCGCACGGCGCGAGCCUGAACGUGCUGUGCGGGCCGCUGGACAUCUCGCCGCUGCACAUGGCGGUGGCGAACGGCCACGCGGACAUGGCACAGCUGCUGGUGUCGCGCGGCGCCGACCCGGGGUCGUUCGACCACCGCAUGCUCUCGCCGCUGCACUACGCGGUCCUCAAGGGCGACCUCCGCAUGGUGCACUUCCUCCUCGACGACCUCCGCCCGCCGGCCUCCGUCGGGCUCCGCCUCGAGAUCCCACAGUGGGGGUGCCGCGGCCCCACGCCGCUGCACCUCGCCUUCGGCACGGGCAGCCUGCCGAUCAUCCGCGCGCUCGUGCGCCGCCACGCCGACCCCGGCGCGACCACGUCGCAGGGCGACACCGCCGUCCACUGGGCCAUCCUCGAGGGCCACGUGGAGCUGUUUCAGGACGCGUUUGUCCGCGACAAGGUGCUGACGCACCCCGUGGUGCGCGCGGCGCUCCAGGCGGGCCCCGACGGGUGCGGCGAGGGCACGCGCCCGCUCGUGCACGCCGCGAUCGCGAGCGGCCUGCCGUCGGUCGUGCGGUUCGCGGUCGACGACCUGGGGCUGGACCUGGGCGUGCGCAACGCGCUGGACGGCCGGAAGCACUCGCUGCACGUGGCCGCGCAGAGCACGCUCGAGGUGUUCGAUCUGGUGCUGGAGCGGCUGUCGAGCAAGGCGACGCAGCCCGCGGACGCGCGCGCGUGGCUCAGCGGCGUGGUGGACGCCGUGGGCGGCAACGUGCUGCACGCGGCCGUGCAGUCGCUGCACCCGGACGCCGCGGAGAUCGUGCGGAAGCUCGUCGACACGGUGUCGCUCGACGUGAUGGCGCGGCGGCGCGAUGGCUCGACCCCGAUGCACCUGGCCGCGAUUUCGUCGCCGGCGACCUUCUGCAAGGUCGGACCGGCGCUCGUCGCGCGCGGCGCGGACCUCGCGGCGAAGGACCAGUCCGGGAACACGCCGCUGCACAACGUCGCGAUCCUGAACCUCACGGAGAACGCCCGGCGGCUCCUGUCGCUCGGGUCGCCGCUGGAGACGCCGAACAACUACGGCCGGACGCCCGUCGACCUCGCCGCGCAGUGGACGCGCCUGGUCUCGAACCAGUCGGACUGGAUCCACGCGCUGCACGGCGUGCUGAUGCAGGCGCAGCCCGCGCCGUCGAAGCAGGCGCAGAACAACGCCGGCGGGGUGGGCGUGCCCGAGGACGCGGACGACGUGGCGAUGGAGCCGCAGAACAACGCCGAGGAGGGCGCGAGCGCGCAGAGCCAGACGAGCUCCGAGAGCAGCGACCGCGAGGACGCCGAGGGCGACCCGGCGCGCGGCGCGGGGCACGCCACGUCGCGCGACCCGCAGGGCGCGGCGCGCGGCGCCGCGAAGAGCGCGGGGCAGACGCGCAGGCGCGGCCUGCAGGGCUCGCGCGUCCUGCAGUCCGCGGGCGGGUCAAACGAAGACAACGGCGAGACCGUCCGCCGCGCCCGCUCGGCCCCGAGGGCUCGCGGCGCAGCGGCGCGCCGGGCGCGAGCCGCGCGCCGAGGCGACGGCGCCCGAGGCGACGCCCGCGACGGGGACCGCGCGCAAGGGCGACGGCAGCGGCCUCCCGAGCGGCAGCGGCGGCGCGCAGGCGCAGCCGGGCAAGAAGCGGCGCGCGUCGGCACCCCCCGAGGUGCACCAGCACAAGGCGCCACGGCUCGAGAUCCCGGACCCUGCGCCGGACGCGCUGCCGAUCGUGUGUCCGGGCGAGGGCGCGGCCACGAACGGGCAGCACGGGAACGGUUCGACGGGGGGCGGCGGCAACGACCAGGGCAGCAUGAUGGCGCCGACGGGCGUGUCGUCGGCGGGGCACGCCGACGACAGCCCCGAGGAGGGCGGCCACGAGAUGACGUCGCGCGGGACGCGCCCGGCGUCCGAGCCGGGCGCCGCGGCGCGCCAGCCCAUGCAGGCGGCCGACAACGCCGUCGCGCCGACCCCGAUGGACGUCGACGGCAGGGGCGACGCUCCUGCGGGCCGCGGCAGCGGCGGCGGCGCGCCGGGCGCCGCGGACGGCAAGGCGGCGGGGCGAGGACGACGCUCCGCCGGCCGCGGACGCGACGCCGCGCGCCGCGACGCCGGCGCCGGCCCUGGCGGGCGAGGUCCCUGCCCCGCCCGGCCCCGGCGCGCUCCCGCGCGGGCUCGCGAUGCUGA